CACGUGGUUAAGGGUUUCCGCCCCUCCGCGCACUCGGUGUGAGCCUCGAAGCGCCGAAAGUGGUCUCCUGCCUUCCGGCCGGAGCCGCACACCGUCUACCUUUCACACUUUUCCUAACAUGACUUUUCCGAAUUUCUUGCUAUUUCAGCCAGCGAUAGCAGCAGCCAAUACAGUCAGAAAAUCGAAGAUUAUCUGAAUUGGAAACCUAUCUGAUGGGUUCCUAUCGCAACUUUACAGGAUCUCUGCAAAGCGUCAGUUUCAUUCAUCGCAUCCUUCACUAGCUGAUGAGGGUCUCUGUGAUAAGCCCAGCUCCCUGCUUUGAGCCGUCCCCAGUGUGACCACAGGAACCUAUCCAAAGGCCCAGAAAGAGGAUCUGGAGGCUUCAGACAACAGCCUGAGUUGUCAGAUUGGCGAAAACUUAUGAGAGGAAGAGGAGAAAACUCCUCUUCAGUGAUUCCCAAAUCUGGCUGUUAAUCAGUCAUUGAGGAGAUUUUAAAAAUACAAGUUCUGGACCAGUGACCACACAGACAGCCGGCAUCAUGUUCGGCUCCAGCCGAGGCGGCGUGCGCGGGGGGCAGGACCAGUUCAGCUGGGAGGAUGUGAAGACUGACAGGCAGAGGGAGAACUACCUGGGCAACUCGCUGAUGGCCCCUGUGGGCCGUUGGCAGAAGGGCCGUGACCUCACGUGGUACACUAAGGGCCGGGCCGAUUGCACGGGGAUGAGUCGGGAGCAGGAGCUGGCGGCCGUGAAGCAGGCAGAGCAGGAGGCACUCAUGGCAGCACUGGGCUACAAGAACGUGAGGAAGCAACCCACCGGCCUAAGCAAGGAAGACUUUGUGGAGAUCUGCAAGCGUGAAGGAAGUGACCCUGAGGAGAAGGGAGUGGACCGGCUCCUGGGUCUGGGGAGCUCCAGUGGCUCUGCAGGCCGAGUGGCAUUAUCCCGAGAAGACAAAGAGGCGGCUAAAUUGGGGCUCCCAGUGUUCACACACCAUCGGGUGGAGAGCAGUCGGCCAGGGGCCUCCCCAGCCCGGAAGAAGCCCAAGCCAGAGGAGAAGGCAGAACCAGGCCCCCAGAGUCACAAGAAGAGCAGGAAAGAAAAGAAGAAGAAGAAAAAGCACAAGAAAGAGAAGAAGAGAGAAAAGGACCACAGGACCAGGGCUGCCUCCUCACCGUCCCCAUCUCCAUCUGGGGCCCGCCAUCGCAGGCAUGACUCCGACUCCUCGCCCUGCUGCAAGAGGAAGCGGGGGCAUGACAGUGACUGAGGCCCAGCCCACCGGGACCCUGCCCCAUCCUCAGUGAAGCCUUUGAGCAUGUGCCCUGCCAGGCCCAGAGAGCUGGGGGGCAGGCUUGUGGGAGCUGUGCCAGGCUCCUAUAAGCAAGCAAGGUAUCCAGGUAGAACCUCACCCCCAGAUGGCCCCAGGCCCACCAGGGGAGGACACACCUGCCCAGGAGGUCCACCUGCCUUAGGCUUUAAGUACUGCUACUUCUAUUUUUCUGUGUUGACUCACCCUUUGUACUUAAAUAAACUUACUUAUAGCUGAAAAAAAAUACAAGUUCCUAGACAACACCCUGAAUGUUAUACACUGGUAAUUUAUUUACCAUACAUUUAUUGAGCACUCCCAGUAUAAUAGGUCCUAUUCUAGGUUCUGUACACAA